AUGAGGGAGUCCAAAGAGUCCCCUAGUAUUGCAUCGCUUCGGAGGGUGAUAACGCUAAUUGUCAUUGUAUUGAUGACUGGUAUUGGUUACCCUUUGUUCACUUACACUACAUCCAUCUAUCGUGCUGAUUUACCUAUCGAUCAAAUCAAUGGUUAUGACUUGUUAACAUUGGAGUUUAAAAUACCAAUUCACGUGAAUGUACCAAUUGAUGAAAAUAAACUUAAGUCAGGGUUCAAACUGCUAUACCCAGACUUGGAACGAAACUGGGUCAUUGAAGUGGUGGAAGAACGCGAUGCAAGGUAUAUUGUCAAUGUACACCAGGAUGCCAAAGAGGUUAACGUUGCCACUAAGGACAGAACAAUCAAUAUAAAUCUACGACCUCAAGAUGAUGUGGAUGCAUCAGUACAGCAAGCUCUAUUUGAACAAGUUUUCAAAGACGAAUUGGAUACUUUAGUCUCAUUAAAACAUCGUCAAUCAACAACCGAUAUCUCAUUCGCCUACAACGACAAAUACAACUUGGUAUUUUCAUUACUCGUCGAGGAUGGAAAGAAAAUCAACUGGCAAAUAGAACAAGCUCUUACCGAGUUUGAAUCGGUACUUGCAUAUUUACAAAACAUCACAUCAUUUACAAUAACAACUCAGAUUCAAUACUACUCCAAUCUCAAGGGUAUUUACCCCGGCGGAGUCAUUACUGAGGACGACUUAACCACAUUUGUUGAUUUUGGUGGAUGGAAUCUUGUCAACUUGGAUAUUGAUCCAACUAUCAAUUUUGUUACAUUCCUCCCUAUACAACCACUUUUCAUUGACAAUUCUGAAUCCAAUUCAUUUUUGAUUUCACAAUGGGGUGGAUUCAAGAUCUAUAACAGAGGGUUACCAUCAAUGAGUAAUGCAACUAUCACUGUGGAUGAAUUGAUUCCAAUUAUGAAUAUUUUUGCUAAUCAAUUAUUGCAAUUACUAGGAUUUCCUCAGGGGGACCAAUCAUUGGCCAUCAAAUUGGAUUCAUUGGAAAGGGUGUUAGUAUACAAAAACGUCCAAAACUCAAUUGACAAUUUGAAAUCGUUGGUGAAGUUGUCACAAUCCUUGAAAGAUAUCACGGUGCCAGAAGAAACUCGUCAACAAGUACUUUACAGUCUUGAGCAAGUUGAUGAAGCUAUCAAGACAAAAUCUGUAGAAGCGGCUGCUCGGGCGGAGCUGGCUUCGAAUAGGGCAUUCUUUGAAAAAGAGAUGGUUCAACAAGCAUAUUUCCCAAGUGAGCAUAAAUUGGCGGUAUUUUUGCCCUUAUUAGGACCAAUCUCAUCGAUUGUCAUCUUCAAUACUAUAAAGUUGGUCAAGGGAAGGUAA